CGCAGUAAGUCGCGGGGCCGAGAGACUGAGAAAAUGAAAAAGGUAGUGACGCGGCAGCGGGGACACGAGCCAGGAAAUUCGCGCGGGCGAGAGGCUGAGAAGAUAAUAAAGGGUGACGACGCGGCCGUGACGCAUGCGCAAUAAGUUGCGCGGGACAGAGGCUGAGAAGAGAAAAAAAAGGUGGCGGCGACGCAUGCGCAUUAAGCCACCUGGGCGGGAACCUGAGAUAAACGUCGGCGGGGCCCAUGCGCAGUAAGUCGCGUGAGGCGACAAAAUAGAAAAAGCUUUGUGACGCCACGGCGGUGACGCAUGCGCAGCCAUCCGCUUGAGGAGAGGACCAAGAAGAAGAGGGUGAGGCGACGACGGAGGCGGCGGCGGCGGCAAAAGCGGCGCAGGCGCAGUAAGGAAGGGGAGGACGAGGAGAAAAUGGCGGCGGCGGCUGUGGCGACGGCGGGCUCGGCGGUCCCCGAGAGCGGCGCCAAAAUGGCGGACGGCGGAGCUUUGGCCGGCGGAGUCGGGAUGGCGGCGGCUUCCUCGUCCAACGGGGCUGGCGACGGACUCCCCAAGAGUGAGGGCGAACGACCAAACCAAAAUGAGAAAAGGAAAGAGAAAAGUGCUAAACGGGGAGGAGGGAGUCGCUUUGAGCCUUACGCCAGCCCUUCGAAAAGAUACCGAGCCUUCAUUACCAACAUCCCCUUUGAUGUGAAGUGGCAGUACCUCAAAGACUUGGUGAAAGAGAAAGUUGGUGAGGUAACAUACGUGGAGCUCUUAAUGGACGCUGAAGGAAAGUCAAGGGUAAGUCUUUGAGAGCAUUUCUUCCGUGGAUUUUUACUACA